AUGUCUAAACCGCACUUUGAGACUGUCAGGUCCUUCGCCGACGUGCCCAUCACCCACGAAGGCGUCGAGACCUCUGCCUUUGUCGAAGCAUCCGAGGGCCUCAUCACCAUGUUCGACCUGUUCGGCUCGGCCGUCUUCGGCUUUGUCCAGUCCGACCUCAAGUCCAAUCUCCAAGGCGUCCGGGACAAGUUCCACUCUGCGCGUGAUAGCUCGCGCACGCUCGAGCUGCUCGUGCGCGCCGAGGUCGACGAGGGGCACCGCCACGCCACAGCGUGUCUCGUGCGUUUCAUCCGCGGCCUGCUCUUCACGCACCACGCGCUGCGCAACGCCCAGGCCGACCGCGGCGCCGAGCUCCACGUCUGCUUCCAGCGCGCGUACGACGCCGUCCUGCGCCACCAGCACAACUUUCUCGUGCGCUCCGUCGUCUCCGUCGCCAUCCGCGCCGUCCCCCGCCGGCGAGACUUCUUCGCGCGCCUCGCCCAGGGCGGCGAUGCAGAGAAACUGGACGCCGAGCUCGCGCGCUGGCUCUCGGGGCUGGACGCCAUCGUCACCCGCAUAAAGACGUUCCUCGAGGAGGGCGGGUACGGGCGCGUGUGA